UUAUCAGACAGACGUUCAGUUCUCGAUCAACUACACACGGAGAUCGUUAUUACAAGACAAAUUGCGAACAUCCUGCCGUCGAGAUGUAUCUAUCCGUCAGCCUCGCGCUGGUGGCAAUAGCCAUCGCCAUUUAUUAUUAUAUCAGCAAGAAACUGGAUUUCUUUGAGAAGCAUGGUAUUCCGCAAAUUCCAGCAGCGCCUAUCAUUGGCAAUAUGGGCCCUGUGGUGGCUCAAAAAUGCACGAUGCACGAGCUGCUGCAGAAGCACUACGACAACGAACCGGAUGCGAAGUACGUCGGCUUUUACGAAUUCACCACUCCAGUAAUCAUGUUGCGCGACAUGGAUCUCAUCAAAGCGGUGGCCAUCAAGAAUUUCGAGCAUUUUCAAGAUCAUCGGCAGUCCGUGACCAAAGAAACGGAUCCCAUUUUCGCUAACGUGUUAUUCAAUAGAAAGGGCGACGACUGGAAACACCAGAGGACCCUGCUGACCGCCUCGUUCACUUCUAGCAAGUUGAAGGACAUGUUCCAUUUGAUGUCUUCAUACGCGGCAAAAUUCACAGAUACGCUGGCCCAACUGCCGGAAAAGGAUCGCGAAAUGGAGAUGAAGAAUCUCUUGACCAUGUACACGAAUGACGUGAUCGCCAGCUGCGUGUAUGGGUACACUAUAGACACCGUGAAGGAACCGAAGAACAUAUUUUACGUCUACGGUAAAAUCGGAACGAGUUUUGCUACCCUUAAGAAGUCACUGAUUCUUUUGUUGCAAAGAAAUUUUCCUAAGAUCGCGGCAUUCUUCAACAUAAAAUUGUUAGAGCCGUACGUCGCCAAAUUCUUCACUAAUGUAGUGAUCGACGAGGUGAAAAACAGAGAGGAACACGGCUAUUCCCGGCCCGACUUCCUCCAGCAGAUGAUGGAGAUACAGCAAAAGAAGGACAACAAUUUUAGUAUAGAAAAUAUGGUAGCGCACACUUUCACCUUCUUUUUCGGCGGUCUAGACUCCGUAUCCACGCAGGCAUCCUUGGUGACGCAGAUGCUGGUCGAGCAUCCUGAAGUUCAGGUGAAAGUGCAACAAGAAAUCGACGUGGCAUUGGAGAAGACCAAUGGCGAGUUUACUUAUGAAGUAGUACGCGACAUGAAGUAUUUGGAAGCAGUGAUCACCGAGACGAUGAGGUUCUACCCGGUCCUACCGAACCUGGACAGAGUUUGCAUGAAAAAGUUUGAGCUUCCACCAGCUUUACCUGGUGGCAAACCUUUCACGGUUGAACCAGGAAUGGAUGUCUGGAUUCCGGUGAUGCCAAUUCAUAUGAAUCCGGAUUAUUAUGAAAACCCGGAGAAUUUCGAGCCGGAAAGAUUUAUGGAUGAUGGAAAGAAGCUCGUGAAUUCGUGUAUGUUUCUGUCGUUCGGAGCCGGACCUAGAAUGUGCAUCGGUUCGCGUUUCGCGAUGAUAAAGAUGAAAGUACUGCUCUGUUAUCUCCUCGCUAAAUUCGACAUAACGGCUGGGUCGAAGACGCAAGGCUCAUUUCGAUUGAAAAAGGGAUUCUUCAACUUAGUACCAGAAAACGGGUACUGGAUGAGACUUGAACCGAGGAAAAAUCCCCAUCCUUCUUUCAAAACGAAAGGAAUAGUUAACGGAACGUCGAAUGGAGUAUGCGCAAAAUAAUCUCUCUCCUUUUUUACGUUAUGUAAUGUGCAAUAAUUUUUUAAUCUCGGUGCAAUUAUACAGUAUAAUUCACUAAUUUUUAUGAAUGUGAUAAUGUUGUUUUCUAUGUAGAUGCGUAUGAAUGAAAUGCUAGUGAGAACUGUUUUAAAUAAAACACGCCUUUCUAACAUAAAAGAAUUCUACGUCA